AUGAAUGAACGUCAUACAUUUCACAGCGCACAUCCACAAUCAACAUCUCAUCUCAUAAUUAAACGUUCCACUCCAGUCGUACCAGUCCUAAUAGGUCCUCAAAUACCUCGCCGCGAACGAGAAGAUACCCAUGAACGUUAUUGUCGUGCAUUGUUAACAUUAUUCGUUCCAUGGCGAUCAGUUCAAGAUCUUUGUGAACUGAAUCAGACAUGGUCAGAAGCAUUGGAAGCACGAAGAUUAUUGAUCUGUUCCAACUCGCUUAAGAUAAUAGAAAAUAUAGAACUUUUACACGAAUGUAAACACGAUCGAGAUGAGCACCUUCAUCAAGCUCUUUUAGAAGCCCAAAAUGAAAAUAGCAUUGAACCUAUUUUGAUGCCUAACUACUAUGAAGGUGAUGAAAAUGCAGACGAAGAUGAUCCUGAACAACUUUUACAAAUGCUUUCCAUCGUAAAUGAGACCACCACAAACGCUUACUCUGCAUUGGCAGGUACUCAUGAACAACGCUAUGUUCGUGAUGCAUUACAAGCAAUUGAUAAUACAGAUAGAUUUGCACUACUCAAUGGUGAGUUAAUUACUGCCAUAUUUCGAAAAUAUUUAGUU